AUUUAUUCUCUGAAGAAGUGAAUUACACUAAGUCAGGAAACGUCAGAAAAUCUAAUUUUCUACUCAUUGGGAUAUUACAAAUAUAUUAUUUAUUUAUAACAAUCUACCCAAUGCUCAAUUUAUUCGAAAUUAUCAAAUCAAACCUUGGUAAUGAUACAUACUACCUUGAUUACUGCUAUUACCACAUUUAAUACUCCCACUACCAUUACCAUUGUUACUGUAACUGUUGAUACAAUUACUAUUAUCACUGCGGGAAAAGAACACAUUUUCCAUUAUGAACAAAAAGGAGAAAAAAACUUUCACUUAGAAAAACCACAUCAUUGGGUGCAAAAAUGUCACACAAUGCCGGAAAGCUACGCAAAUAUGGGACAUGUCUUCAUUGAGCUUCCUCCUAAAACUCAGCAUUUAUCUGCAUACAGUUGGACGGUCAAGUUUUACAUUCAGUCAUCAUUAGACAUAUGAAUACAAACAUAGUUCACUG